ACAAGUUUGAUCGAGUUUGAGUAGUUGUUGUCUGAGUUAGUUGUGUUGAUGGCUGCUUCUUCAAACUCCAGUGGUGGAGGAGAGUCAUCAUGGACCCCAAAGCAGAACAAGCUGUUCGAGAAGGCGCUUGCCAAGUACGACAAGGAUACACCAGAUAGGUGGCAUAAUGUGGCAAGGGAAGUUGGUGGGAAUAAAACAGCUGAGGAGGUUAAGAGGCACUAUGAGAUCCUCUUGGAGGAUAUCAAACACAUUGAGUCUGGCCAUGUUCCCACACCCAACUACAAGAACAACUCCACUGCUAAAACUUAACUGCUACUUUCUAUCUCAUGCAUGCAUACCGUACUCAUCUUACCCAAAAUAGCACCGUCUAUAUUUCAUUAGUAUGGAUUGAGGAAAGGAUCAGAGACUUGUCAGUUUUGGUGAUGACGUGAUUGG